ACACGUGACAUCCACAUACAAAUCUCUUCCGGUCCCACCGGCUCUCAGAAAGGAAAAUGGCGGCCCUGGGAAGCGUCUACAAAGCAGUGCUGAGGUCUUCUUUGACCCAGACCCGGCGCCAGCUUUCUGCGACUGCCAGCGAUGGACACGGUGCUUUAGCUGAGAAAUGGAGGUUGCUCAGUUUCCUGAUUGCCGUUCCUGGUGUUGCGGUGUGCAUGUUGAACACAUUCCUGAAACAGACUCACCAUAGCGAGGAACGGCCGGAGUUCGUCCCUUACGCCCACCUUCGCAUUCGCACCAAGGCUUUCCCUUGGGGAGAUGGCAAGAAAAGCCUUUUCCACAACCCCCAUUUGAAUGCCCUUCCUGAUGGCUAUGAGGAAGAUCAUGAGUGAAGCCUCCCUUCAGAUCUCACAACAGGGACCAGUCCCACAGCGUUUGUUACUGGACCACACUCGCAUUCAGUUUACUUUUCUUUUUCUUUUUCUGCUUUACCUCUUUGCUCUCAACAUUGGGCACCCAAACCAACAAUUUGGUUUUCUCUGGACCAUUAAACAAAAUGUCCACUUAAACUGAAUAAACUUAAAUAAAUAAAGUAACUAUUAUUACCUCA